AUGUCUGGACAUGCUGAAGCAAAGAAUGGAACACAUGGAAAAACAGAAACUCAUGGACACAAAAGUUCGCUUAGAAAAUCCAAAUCUGUUGAUCAUACAAGUGCACAUAGUAAAUCAGAUUCGAAGAAACAUACAAGUGUUAAUACACGCGCAAAAACUACACGUACAGCUGAAGAUAUACAUGUUAAUACAACGCCGAAAUCUCGUGGAGUAGCAGCUACUCAUGCUUCUCAUUCUCCCACUAAGGCACAAGCACACACAGACGGUAAAAAAACGAAACAAGAUCAUUCGGACUCGCAUGGAAAGACUAGUACUCAUGGUGCAGCUAAAAAAUCUGAUAGUCCCAAAUCACCAACAAAUAAAGCAAGCAAAACUAAACCUGAUAAAAGUGAUCGAGAAAAAAAUGGUAAUACAGGUACUAUAAUUUAA